AUGAAGUUUGGACAUAAUCUUCCACGAAAUCAGGUUCCGGAAUGGGCGUCGUCGUACAUCAACUACAAGGGGCUUAAGAAGCUUGUCAAGAACGCCGCCGAGGCUUACAAGAAUGGCGCAGAAUUAGAUCUUGCUGAAUUCUUCUUCUCGCUCGACCGCAAUCUCGAAGAUGUCGAUAGCUUCUAUAACCGCAAAUACGCCGAAUGCGCUCGACGAUUACGACUGUUACACGGUCGCUACGGGCGCGUGGCACAGAUGCCAGAUGGGAUCGAUAAGGAUGAGGCACAAGAUCUUAUGGGUGCUCUGCUUGAGCUGCGUAGCUCGAUGCGGAAGCUUCAGUGGUACGGAGAAGUGAACCGAAGGGGUUUCAUCAAGAUCACAAAGAAGCUAGAUAAGAAGAUCGAGACAGUUUGCUUACAAGAGCGCUAUCUCGCAUCCAAGGUCAACCCCAAGCCAUUUGCGCACAACCUACCUCUCAACCAGGACAUGAAGGCGGUCAAUGAGUGGCUAUCUGGGCUGGGCGAUAUCAAGACUUUUGACGAUACAGGCUCCACCCAUUCUGCUGGUUCGCUAGGCAGGGUACCAGGUCGCUCGUUACACCUUCCAUCGACUCUCUUGGAUGCUGUGGAUCUGGCUAUUCGCGGUGACAAGGCUGAAGACCUCAGGCAACAGCUCACAGAGGCCGCAGCGAACAACGGGAAAUCUAGCUCAUCAUUCCAACAGCUUCUCUUGAACUUUCUGCAGCGCGCCGUCUCUUGCCGCGCAAAGUCAUGCAUCGAGAUGCUGUUGAAGGACAUCAUCUCGCUGGACGAAGAAGACGACAUCAACAAGCGCAACUGCGUGCACAGACUUGUCAUCAACAUCGGCCGUUCGAAGAGUGGAGAGACAUUGGGUGCCGAUGGAGCUGUUCUCCAAACCUCAAACGAACCACGGAACUUCAUCCUGCCCGCGACCGAUCCCAAUCGCCAACCUCGGCCCUGCACAACCACCGAAGAAGAGUCUACACAGCUCCUCAGCGAGAAUGAUGAGUCAGUACGCUUGCUCAUCUAUUUACUCGAUCAGCUUCGUGGUGAACAGCGUAACGCUCUCCAGUCUCGUGACUCUUACGGCAGAUUACCCCUCCAUUAUGCCGCCCAAUAUGGAUUUGUCAUCAUUUGUGAAGUUGUCAUGAAGCACAUGCAAGAUUGGGGUCAGUUCGACGUCUCUCAGGGUAUCGACUCUGAUUACUGGCAGGAUGCUGAGGGUAAUGCACCUCUGCAUCUUAGCGUCAUGGGCGGUCACCCACUUACCACAAAAGCCCUGCUCACCGCGGAAAGCUGGCGUGGUACAAACGAAGAAAAGCUCGUAUGUCGAAAAACCAUUGCUCGGUCCGGAGCAGCUCUAGCUCUGGCGACUCGGUCGAACUUUGUAGAUAUCGUCAGGCUCCUGGUCGAGGCAGGUGUGGACGUCAACUAUCAAGACGAGGGCGGCGAGGCCGCCCUACACAUGGCUGCACGCUACGGCUACGACGAGUGUGCCAAGGUUCUUUUGGAAGGGUCCAGCAUCAACAAAGCAGAUGUCAAUGUCGCCGAGAAGACCUUCGCUUGGACACCGCUAUUUAUCGCUUGUGUGGAUGAUCAUCUCUCUAUGGUUGAGAUUCUUGCCGCUGCGGGAGCUGAUCUGCAAAAGUGUGAUAACUCUGGCUGGACGGCGAAGGAGCAUGCAGCACUUCGCGGUCAUAUGGAGAUCGCAGCUAGACUCGCAGAACUCGCCCCCAUAGACGAGUCACCGCGUGUUGCCCCUACAGACACUCGUAUCGCUCGAGCCGGUUCGCCUACACAAUCAUCGCUAGAUGAGCGAAGGUCUAAGAAUUUGAAUCGCGAUAACAACACUCCUGUGCAAAAGGCGCCCGAACCUGUCAAGACGUUUGGACAUCGCUACCUGACAAACCAAACUAUGGUUCUAGUUAGUCUGGGAUCCAUGGACAUUCGAAAAGACGUGCCUGCAGUCAAACUCGACGACAUCCCACUUGCCGAUGCUCAUGCGACACAACUUGAUACCGCUUUGUCCGUGGUUGUGGGUGCUGCUGGGGCUAGCGGAGACUCAACCGUGAUUGAUCUGCCUAUUCGAGAAAACAUUGCGACUGAGCCCAUUACUUUCAUGACCAGCGACGUCAGCAAGGUCAAACUUCUGUUUGACAUUGUUCCAACGUAUGCGGGUUCACAGGAGCGCGUCGUGGGACGAGCUGUUGCCCUUUUAUCAACUAUCAAGACCAGCAUUGGAUCGAAGCGAAUCUCGCUCCAGGGAGACGUGCAAGUACCGAUUGUUGCAGCAUCCACAUUGGACGUGAUUGGUGCAGUCAAUUUCAACUUCUUGAUUAUUACACCCUUCCACCAUCCGCGCAUGGCGAUCACCGAGCAACAUACCUACUGGAAGAAGAUGGCAUCUACUAUGGUCAUUGGCCAUCGCGGUCUUGGAAAGAACACCGCCUCGCGUACCUCCCUACAGCUAGGCGAGAACACGAUACAGUCGUUCAUUUCUGCUGCCAAUCUUGGCGCAGAGUACGUGGAGUUUGACGUUCAGCUAACAAAGGACCAUGUUCCGGUCAUUUACCAUGACUUUCUCGUCAGCGAAACUGGCAUCGAUGCGCCUGUCCACACUCUCACGCUCGACCAAUUCCUCCAUAUCGGUGAAGGGCAGAAGCCGCGACCCAACCGCGUCGAGCCAUCCGAGACUGUCCCAGUGUCCAACGGCACAAAUGGCACAGACGAUCGUCCAAGCGCACGCCGACCACGAUCCUACUCUGUCGAUAACUCGAAGCAACGCAACAUUCACACUGACCGUGAGCAAGAGCUUACCGAGAGGAUGAAGCAUACGCGUGAUUUCAAGAAGAAGGGGUUCAAGGGCAACAGUCGUGGCAACUCCAUCCAAUCUUCCUUUACGACCCUGGAGCGAAUGUUUGAUGAGCUACCAGAAUCAGUCGGGUUCAAUGUUGAGAUGAAGUACCCUAUGCUUCAUGAGUCAGAAGAGGAAGAGAUGGAUCAGUACGCUGUUGAGCUAAAUUCGUUUGUUGACACGGUACUACAGAAGGUAUACGACAAGAUGGGCGAGCGCAACGUCAUCUUCUCGUCGUUUAACCCGGAUAUCUGCCUCAUGUUGUCGUUCAAACAGCCUUCAAUCCCCGUCCUGUUCCUCACCGACGCUGGAACUUCACCUGUAGGAGACGUGCGAGCAGCCAGUCUACAAGAAGCCAUCCGUUUUGCUAGUCGCUGGAACCUGCUUGGAGUAGUGAGUGCCGCUACACCGCUAGUCAUGUGUCCCAGGCUGGUCAAGGUAGUCAAGGAGAGCGGAUUGGUGUGUGUCAGCUACGGCAUUCUAAACAAUGAUCCAAAGAACGUCCUGUUGCAAAGGAGUGAGGGUAUCGAUGCCGUCAUUGUGGAUAGUGUGCUCAAAGUGCGUCAAGGACUCCAAGCCCCGAACCAUGAUGCCACCACCAACGGGGCCGUCAAUGGUGCAGCAAUUGUUGUGCCGGAAGAUACCGCGUCAAUAGCCAAGGAAGUCAAUGGGUUGAUGCAGAAGGACAAUAGUAGCGUCGAAGCACAACAGCAGCAACAGGCAGUGUGA